CGCCCGACGCAGGAGCCCGAGAGCGCGAGAACGCGGCGGGGCGGAGUCGCGCGUGUGGAACAGCCACCGGGUAGCAGCUCGGCAACUCUCCCAGAGUCGUUAGAGUCCCCGCCGGAGUCUGGCGUAGACUGAUUUUGGAAAAUGCCCAGUCGGAAAUUUGCCGAUGGCGAGGUGGUGCGGGGGCGCUGGCCGGGGAGUUCGCUCUACUACGAGGUGGAGAUCCUGAGCCACGACAGCGGCUCGCAGCUGUACACCGUGAAGUACAAGGACGGGACGGAACUCGAGCUGAAGGAGAGCGACAUCAAGCCUUUAGCUUCCUUCAGGCAAAGGAAAAGUGGCUCAACUUCCAGUUCUCCCUCCAGACGCCGAGGGAAUCCGUCGAGGUCACGGUCACGGUCCCGAUCCCCCGGCCGCCGAUCCCCUGCCCGACGUUCCCCUGCCCGCCGUUCCCCUGGCCGAUCCCCCGGCCGACCGCCUAAAAGCUCCCACCAGCCUGCCUCUGCCGCGCACCGUGCUGACAUUACGGAAAUAAGGAAGGAAGUGCUGGAAGUGAAGUUGACCCCGCUGGUGUUGAAACCAUUUGGAAACAGCAUCAGCAGGUACAACGGGGAACCUGAACACACAGAGAGGAAUGACAUACCUCACAAAACCCCACAGGAGAAAUUCCAUUUGUCACAAGACAGUAGUUAUGUAUCUACACAGUAUAGCCUUCGUCCAAGAGGAGAAGAGAACAAGUUAAAAGAAAUAGAAUUCCAGGAAGAAGAAGUUAUUACAAAAGGACCUGCAUCAUUGAGAACCUUCGAAGUGCCAGCGGCACAGACGAAGGACUUGGAGUUCGGAGGGGUACCCGGUGUGUUUCUUAUCAUGCUGGGCCUGCCCACCUUCCUCUUCCUGUUGCUGUUGACGUGCAAACAGAAGGAGCCCAGUCUUCUGAAUUUCCCGCCUCCUUUGCCAGCUCUGAGUGGUUUAUGGGAAACCAGAGUGUUUGGGGCCUACCUCCUCUGGUUUUUUGUUCAGGCUCUGUUCUACUUACUGCCAAUCGGGAGGGUUGUGGAAGGAACACCUGUCGCUGACGGAAGAAGACUCAAGUAUAGAUUAAAUGGGUUCUAUGCUUUCCUCCUGACGUCCGCGGCGGUCGGGGCCGCGCUGUGGUGGGGCGUGGACCUGCACUACGUGUACCGGCACUUCCUCCAGUUUGCACUGGCGGCGCUCGUGUUCUCCGUGGCCCUGAGCCUGUACCUGUACGUGCGGGCCCGGCGCGCGCCCCCGAGCCAGCUGUCGCCGUCCAGCUCAGGAAAUGUCAUCUAUGAUUUCUUCAUUGGCCGUGAAUUGAAUCCUCGGAUUGGUACCUUUGAUCUCAAGUACUUCUGUGAAUUGCGUCCUGGACUGAUUGGAUGGGUGGUGGUUAACUUGGUGAUGCUCCUGGCUGAGAUGAAGUUCCAGAAUCGUGCUACUCCGUCCUUGGCAAUGAUUUUGGUUAACAGUUUCCAGUUCUUGUACGUGGUGGACGCACUCUGGAACGAGGAAGCGGUGUUGACGACCAUGGACAUCACCCACGACGGGUUCGGGUUCAUGCUGGCUUUCGGGGACUUGGUGUGGGUCCCGUUCGUCUACAGCUUGCAGGCCUUUUAUUUGGUCCACCAUCCGCACGAGGUGUCUUGGCCGGUGGCCUGUUUCAUUAUUGCUCUGAAACUUUGUGGCUAUGUAGUCUUCCGAUGUGCAAACGCUCAGAAAAAUGCAUUCCGGAAAAACCCCACUGAUCCACGGCUCGCGCAUUUAAAAACCAUUCACACUUCCACGGGAAAAAACCUCCUGGUGUCUGGCUGGUGGGGCCUGGUCCGCCACCCCAAUUACCUGGGUGACCUCAUCAUGGCUCUGGCGUGGUCCCUCCCGUGUGGCUUCAACCACAUUCUGCCGUAUUUCUACGUGAUUUACUUCGCCGUGCUGCUUGUGCACCGCGAAGCUCGCGACGAGCGCCAGUGCAGGAAGAAAUACGGCGUGGCCUGGGACCGCUACUGCCAGCGCGUGCCCUACCGCAUCCUCCCCUACGUCUACUGACCCUCCGCCCGCGCUGGGAAACGCAAA